UAUAUAUUGAAGUCUGCUUUCCGUUCGCAGCGGAAUAUUUUGAACACUCGUAAUUUUGUUUUAUCGUGUCAAAACUAUCGCACGCAACAAGGGAUUUUUAAAAAUUUGCAUUUAUUUGACGGUACACUGAACCCGCAACCAUUUCCGGAGUCAUGUACAUUUUUUUGGUUUACUGAAAGACGACUUUUAAUACUUAACGCCAAGGACCACAGCUCACUUUCCCCGACGUGCACGCGACAUGUGGUCACCAUGGAGACGGAGCACACUGCGGAACUUCUCAUUUACUCCGAGUCAUCCAUCCCAAAACAAAGCAUGUGGUUUUCUCUUCCUUUAAGCAAACCUCACCAACAAAAAUAUUAUACUCAAACGCUCAUAAUGAAGACAAAACCACUGAGCUAACACAGCCGUCUAAUGGGCGCCAUGGAGAGGAAAUAUGAGCUGUGUGGACCUUUUCUGCCAAGGAGGCACCCCUCGUUGAAAACAAGCGCGGAAAUAGUGGACGAAGCGAGACGCACCCUCCGAGCCCAGUCCACCCAGAGACCUUGCACUCCCAGGGAUGGGCAGAGGCAACUAUUUGCAAGAAGCUCUAUCCGUGCAGACCACAACAGCAGACCUUCAUCUACCUUCAGUCUUCACGCACAGAAUUUUGAUGUCUCCGACUCCCGGCCAAGUUCAGGGACGCGCCUCUCUCCUCUGGAACAUAAGUCCAAAGUUGCAGUUCUCAACAAGGAUGAGAUUCCCAAGUCGUCUCCCAAACCUCCCACUGAGCCAGUGGACACAAAGAGGGGGGGGCUGGCGGGGUCACGGGCGCGUCUCCUCAGGGCGACGUCUCUCACCACUUUGCCUCCUCUAGCGGGACAUGCAGAUGCACAAGAACGGUUAAAACUAGGCAUGUCAAGAAAGCUGCCGCCAGCCCAAUCUCAGGUCUGUGGAGACCACAAGGAGGUCUCCAGUGUUCCUCACAAACCUGGUCCACGCAGAACCCAAAGUGAAAGCAGACUAGCGCAGGCCAAUGACGAUGCGAGAGUCAGAACCACAGAGGGUGGACUGGAAUGGAGAACAGAUUUGGGCGAUGGACAGAACGCCACAAGCACAGGUGCAGAGUCAAAGUGGGAUAGGAUAGCGCCUCUUCUCCAGGAGCUAAAGGCUACAGCUGCAAGUGGGAGCUCUGAGGCCUCGCUGGAGCGUCUGUGUGACUUGUGUGCCAAUCUCCAUGACGCCCUGGCAGAGGCUGGCAUGCUGGGCCAUCAUGGCUGCAAGAAGCGCUCCACCAUACUGCGAACCCUGUUUCAGCUCAUCGACCUCAACUCCUCGCGGCUUGAUCUUCAUGUCGCCGAGCUCUGCCUCGCCUUGCGUGUCAGCGGGAACAACCUGCUCAACAUCUGUAAGCUCGUCUUCCAGACCAGCCGCAAUGAAUCCAAUGACAGCCUCUUCCAGAACAACUCUGUCAUAGACUUUCUACUUGGACUGUUGCUCCGCGAGGAGGUGUCUACAUCUGGAGAAGCGUUGUUUUACUGUGUCGGCACGCUGAAGUUUCUCUCAGGAAAUGCUGCGAUCGUACGCCUCCUGUUGGACAAAAACUGUAUGAGAGUGGCUCAGAAGUUCAUACGGAAACUCUGCACCGUUGACGACGCAUACUUUACAAUGGCCGGACACAUCUUUGUGCAGCUGACGGCCGCCUUGAGGAACCUUGCUGAUCAACCUGAGGCCCGUCCGCUCUUUGUCUCCUACGCACUGAUGUCACAGCUCUGCUUGGUGCUGCAACGCCAUCGCCAGGACCAAGAUGUCUGCACCAAUGUUUCUAGAAUCUACAGUAAACUCUCCUCUUAUGCGGAGUGCCGCCUCUCACUGGCUGAGACCCCCGACUGCUACCAACUAUUUUUAGAACUACUGAGCAAACAUCACCAUAAACAGGACCUCGUAGUGCGACUCCUCUUCACACUGGGCAACCUCACGGCCAAAAGCGACGAGGCUCGGCAGCAGCUCUUCCGCUGCGAGGAUUGCGUGGACACCCUCCUGCGGCUGUACGACGACUACCAGCUGAGGGAGGACUCGCCGGCUCCCACUGCGGCCAGCGUACGGGAGGGCGAGGAUGUGCUGGUGAAGCUGGUCAGGGUGCUGGCGAACAUGUGCAUCCAUCCUGAUGUGGGCGCGGCGCUGGCCAGCAACACCACCUGCAUCCAGCUGCUGAUGGAAACGCUAGAGCUGAGGUCCGUGCAGGAGAGCGAGGAGUUGAUCGUGAACGUGGCCGCCACCAUCAACAACCUGACCUUUUACCACAAAGACAGCUCGGUGCUCAAACGCAGUCAGCUGGCCAUUGCGGACUGUAGGACAAAAAAAAAGCAAAUAUCAACAAUACAGAUCAAUGUGAAAAAUACAUUUAGAAAUGUAGUUUUAAAAAAUCCCAGUGUCCUGUUUGUUCUCUUAGUGAUGUGGAAGUUGAUGCUCAGCUCCAACAUGGACGCCAUGCUGGAGGCCACCCGCGUCUAUGGAAACUUGUCACAAUCCAAAGAUGUGCGGGACUUUAUAAUGCAAAAUGAAGUGCACAGGUUUGUGGUGACACUACUGGACUCUAAGAACCCUGAUGUCUGCUUCUCAGCCUGCGGGGUCCUCACCAACCUGGCGCUGGACCCUCCCUACCGAGGCAGUCUCUCACUAGAAGGGGCUUCUGCCAAGCUAACAGACUGUCUGCGAGACUUCGGAGCUGGUGACUGGCAGCUGGCGGGCCAGGUGUGUCAGGCCUUGUGGAACAUGACCAGCGGCGGCUCAGAGAAGCUUCUGGACACACAAGAGGGACGGUCGCUGCUGGAGAUCCUCACGUCGUACUUAGCUCAUUGUCCCUCAGAUGAAGACAAGGUCCUGAAGUGGGCGGGAAACAAGGACGUGAGUGGCUACCACAGAGAGUCCUGGGAGUUGGACUUCCGACCCGUAGCCCAAAAACUGCUGACAGAAAUUGUGAGAUAAAAAACAGGUGAUUCCUAACAGGUCAAAGGUUCAUGCAUCCUCAGGUAAACAUAACAUGUUUUUAUUAGUCUACUAGCUGUACUGUACUACGGUAAAUGUGAUUGUUUUGAUGUGUUCUGCUAUUAAGUUAAGCCUCUAGCGUCAUGUGAAUGUUAUUUAAAGCACUUUAAAGUCCAUUCCUUUAAAGCGAAACUGAUCCUUUUCAAGUAUCUUUGCACGUUUAUGUAACAAACUUAAAUCUGUUUGGCAAUUUUAUGGAAAUGCAGUCAUGGAAACUGAGUCAUUUCGAGAGUCUGCCUCAUAAGCAAACUGUUUAAGUGUGUGUGAGAUGCUUGUAAAACAAAUAAAACACAGCAGGAAGUGAGAAAUGUUUAGCCUCUGGAAAACCUUUAUUAUUAUUAUUACACAGACGUGGGGCCCAGGCAGUGCUUACAAGUAGCCUCUAAAAGUACAGCAUUUCAGUCACAUUACAUCAAAACAAAUCAGCAACGGCACUUUAUGUGUACAAACCUUAAAACACUCUUUACAUCUCAUGAACAAAUAUAAUU